AAAAUAUUUACUUUGUUUUUUGUUUUUUUAAUAGAAUAGUUUAAAAUGUAUACACCUAAAAGGCUUUAUCAACAGAAGCAACAAUAUAACUUAAAUUCUCCAUUUGACAAAGUUUCACCUUUUCAGAAUAGUUAUGUUGAUAACAUAAAAGACUCUCAAACAAGAUCUUUAAUGUCAGGAUCAAGUAAAGUUAUUGAGAAAGGUGAAAGUCAUGAGUUAGUUACGUAUGGAACAGAUUUGCCUAUUGAAGUUUCUUCGAUCCUAACUUCUGAAAAAUAUGUUACGGCACUUGCUGAGUCAUCUGGAUGGGCAGCUGUUGUUACUAAUCAAAAUAUUUAUGCUUGGAGAUACACAAUAGGAACAAAUAAAAAGGUGUUGCCGUGCAUUACAUUGCCUCUUAGUUAUACUGCUUUAAAACAUAAGUCUCAGUUAACCAGCAUAGUACAGAAUGAUUCUCAAACAGCUCCGAUGAUCAGUACAAAAACCUGUGUCAUAAAUGUGUCACCUGAAGGUGCUGUGAGAUAUUGGCCAAAUAUUACAAAAGUUUCUACAUAUUAUGAAGCAAUGAUCUCAUUUGAAGGAAAGCAGUCAUACAGUUUAGUCUCUGCAGCACCAUAUGGAUGGAUACUGUUAGCAAGUACAGGUGAAAUUUAUCUGAUUACAGUACACAAUAAUUCAAACAUACAAUACCAACAGUUAUUUGCAUCUGCUGGAAUGCUGUCAGGCAUCGGGAAACGAAUGUCUAGUUAUUGGUUACAGCCUUCAACUCAAGAAAGUUCAGGUAACCCGUGUCUCUGUUGUGGCACCAUAGAUUUUUCUGAAAAUGAAAGAUAUUUUUAUGUGGUAGAUAAAGGAAGUUUCCAAAAGUUUGAAGUAGCCGGUGACCAAAAGUCAGCUUGUAAAACGAUUUUCAAAGUCGAUCUACUCUCUACAUUAAAAGCUUCAUCAGAACCACUCGACAUUUUACAGUUAAAAAAUGUAUCUAGUGUUGACGUUGUUGACAUGAAGAAUACAGGUUUUGGCACAGUUUUUCUUUUAGUACUAAAUUUUGCCAACAAAAGCCAACUGUCAUUAGGUACUUUAAAAAAUAACUGCUCUCACUUUGAAAGUCUGAUUGAUCUUGACAUAGAUAUUCAUAAGUUAGAGGGGGAUAUUCAGCUAAGUGUUACAAGUACUGACUACCAAGCUUACAUAUCCUCAUCGAAGCAGAUUUUUUCGCGAUCUUUAUCAAAAAAUUUAAAGAGUGUUAUUAAUAUACAGUUUACAAGCACCAUUGGUGGCAUACUAUGUGCAGGUGUUUAUGGUAACAAUGCAAUAUUUUUAUCCCGUCAACAUGGUUUUCUGAAGCUGUUGGUUUCUUCUCCAAACAUUUUAAUUCAAGAGAGAAUAUUAAAUGAACAACUUAAAACUUUUGAUGAAAUGGAACAGGGAGAUGCUGAAAAUCAUGUUAGUCAUGAUACUUAUUCAGUUUUGAGAAAUAUGUUGAUUGCAUUUACUAAAGGUCAUUUAAAUGAUGAAACUGUUGCAUCAAUUCUAUGUUCAAGUGAAGAACUACGAGACAGUAUCAUAAUGUUGAGUAAAGAACUUUUGAAUAGUCCUGCAGUUUCUGAUCCAAGAUGGGCUAGUCAGACUAUUAAUGUGGGAUUCACUACUUCAUCAGUGUUGAUCCAGAAUCAAUUGAGAGAUAAAGAACAAAUGCACAACUACCUAAUUGAUUUUUUGACAAAAACUAAAUGUUUUAAAAAGUUAAAUGAGCAGGACAAUGAAAGUGUAAAAGUUCAUCUGAUCGAGCAUGCUGAGAAAAUGGAAUGCUGUUCUACUAUAUUGGACAUGUACAGUCAAGUUCCUGACUUGAUUAGUCAAUCAAUUGAUGCUUUGAAUAACCAAGCAAGUCUAGAAGACUGCAUGACUAAAGAAAGUUUUUUUGCCAAUGUAACAGAAGUAGAUAAGUUCUUUGAUAGUUUAAUCAAAGUUGAAAGUGAUCAGUUGUUUACUUUAAGAACUGUCAAGGAGCAAGUAGAGUUGAUUGCGGCUGUUAGUGGUUUAUUUGCAGCUUGUUUUACAGCAUCAUGGAAAUGUCGCCAGAAAUUGCUAAUAACACUACCAACUAAGCAAGUUUUUGUUCCAUGGACAGGAAGUUCACUUGGAGUAAACACUAGAAGUUUAUUAAAGCAGCAGAUUGAAAUUUCACUUAAGCAAGGUUUACCUAAAGUUGACAGCACCAAGGUUGGCACAAUUCUUACACAACAUAUUAUCUUGCUAACUGACUUACUUUUAGACGCUUUUGAUAAAGAGCUUAUUUUGUGUAAAAAUAUUGCUGAGCAAAAUGUUCUUAAAGAAGAAUACGCACAGCAACGACAAAAUAUUAUUUUGAGUUUAAUUAACCAUGGUUACUAUGAACAAGCUGCAACUAUUGGUGAAAAAUAUGAAGAUUUUAUAAUGUUAAUUUUGUUGUGCGAAAAAACCAAUGAUUCUUAUAGAUUGAAUCGAUACAAAUCAAUGUUUUUAAGCCAAGGUUUUGAGAGUGAACUUUACAGAUAUUAUGUGGAAAAAGGUUAUUGGGAAAAACUUUUGGUUGCUAACGUAAAAUCUCAAGAACUUGAUAAUUUUCUAUCUUCACACAGUUAUUUAAAUUGGUUGCACUAUAUUGAUAUAGGAGAAUAUUACAUGGCAUCUGAAAUUUUGGGCAAACUUGCAAGUGAAGAAUCCGAAUAUGCUGCACGAAAGAAAGUUUUGUUAGUGCUUUCUAACCUUGCAAAAAUGUCUUCAGUUGAAUCAGAUUUAUCAGCUAUUGGGAAUGAGAUAAGAGAAAAUGAUAAAGCACUUGAAUUAUUGGAUUAUCAAGAACAAGUUCUGCAGUUUUUAGGUAAAGAUUUCAGUAGUUCUUCAACUAUUUCUGCUGCUGAUUUAAUUGAACAAAUAAUAGGUGAUGAUUACUUAUCUGAAGUACAAUUCAAUAUGGCAAUAGAUCUUUUGGAACAUAUAAAUGGUAACGACUUUGUUGCCAAUGAUGUAUGGUCUAAAUGCAUACUUCAAGACAGAUGGGAUGAGUCAGUCCAAAUAGAUAUUUUAGCAGUUGUCUCCCAGAAAAUGUUUUAUAAAUGUCUUAAGUAUUGUAAAAACUCAGCGAUACGACAAAAAUUGAUUCCAUCUUUAAAACAACUGCUACUGUCGCCCAAAAUUUCUGAUUUAGUAAAGACUUCUCGCUGCCAACCGCAGCUGCAAGCAUGCUACGAACUACUUGGUCUGUUGGAGGUGAUGAACUAGCAAGAUGUAACUAAAAUAAAUCUAAGCAAGUCGAAACUAAAAUGAGUCAUCUAGUUUUAGGGUUGUUUGUUUUUUAAAAACUCUCAUCAAAUUACAUAGUUUUCUAAAAAAUUUAUAAACAAAUAAUUUUAGCUCAUGUGUAUAUAGACUUAAAGUUCAAAACAACAAUGGAAUAUGCUUAUGUAUUAUUUAAUAAAUAAUAUACUUAUGUAUAUAUGAUUGAUCUAUGAAAGGAGCUAUUUUAAA